UAGCGACGUAAACACGUGCACUUCAUGGAUCUAUUAAAAUAGGUGCGCUCCGCUGCUUCCACUAGACUGUUUUUUCAUUCCUCCGUCAUCCUCCGCUCGAGCAUCACUCCCUGAAACGGCAGCAACGAUGGCGGAGCCCGAAGCCUCAGACCCCACGGGCCCCUCUCCUGCCGCCAGCCCAGCCUCAGAGCCGGCCUCAGAGCCUCCCUCCACGGCCCUGUCACCCGCGGCCGACGGCUCCCAGAGGCUCCUCUUCUCGGAUGACCUGGUGUCCGGGCGGUACCGCGGCUCGGUCCGUUUCGGCCUCGUGCGGAUGAUCCACGGAGAGGAGGAUCUGAACUCGGACUCGGACCUGGACGGUGAUAGCGGAGGGAGAGGCGGAGGAGGAGGAGGUGGAGGCGGAGGACGGGUCCCGUGUGGUUCGGACACGGAGAGCGCGGUGGAAAGCCCGAACCGUCCGCUGGGCAGGGGGUUUGUCCGGGUGCAGUGGUACCCAGAAGGAGGCAAACAGGACAUCCGAGAGACAAAGCUAAAACUUGAAGACAGAUCCAUUGUUAUUCGAGACAUAGUGAGAAGAAACAACUCCAACGACAACCAGUGCGGCAUGGUAACGAACAUCGACAUAGAGUGUGCGGUGAAACUCGUGGGAACAAACUGUGUACUGUAUCCCGUGAACAGCAGAGAUUUGCAGCACAUCUGGUCUUUCAUGUACGGAGACUGCAUUGCAUACGACUGCUGGCUGGGAAAGGUUUACGAUUUGACCAAUCACAUCAUCCUCAAGCUCUCGAAUGGAGCCAGGUGCUCAAUGAGUGUGGAGGAUGGAGCAAAGCUGUACGAUGUCUGCCCUCACAUCAGUGACUCGGGGCUAUUCUUUGAUGAAGCAUAUGGUUUCUACCCGGGCCAGGUUUUGAUUGGUCCGGCCAAAGUCUUCUCUAAUGUGCAGUGGCUCUCGGGGGUGAAGCCGGUCCUCAGCCGAAAGUGCAAGUUCAGGGUCGUGGUGGAAGAGGUAAAAGUGGUUGAGAUGAAAGUAACGUGGAUCACCAAGAGUGUCUCUCGCAAAUGCUUUGACAGCCUUCAUCCCCCACCGUCCACGAUCACCCAGGAAAAUCUCUGCAGGGUGAAGAGGCUGGGUUACUAUGACCACACGCAGAGGCAGCUGGGGGAGCGAGCACUGUAUGUGUUUCCGGCCAAAGGCGACACCACACGGGUCACCUGCGAGGGACCCGAGGGUGGCAACACCCUGCCUGACGACCCCAUGGUCAGAAAUUUGAAAAGGAUGUUCAAAAAAGACACAAAGAAGCCAGAAGCUGCAGACGCUCAAGAUCACAAACUGGAGCAGAGCGUUUCGUCUCAUCCCAACAACAACGGCCCUGCUGCGCCGACUCGGGAGCAGAACACAAACGAUGCUGCAAUGGAGCACACGGAGCACGAUGCGGACGAUGAAGUCGGAGAUGACACCGACGACACCAGCUCUCUGACGUCUUCAGCCAGCUCCACAGCCUCGUCGCAGAGUGGAGGACUCGCCACCAACCGUAAGAAGGGAAUCCCUCUGUCCAUACGCAACCUCAAGAGGAAACACAAGAAGAAGAGGACAAAGUUCUCUCGCGAGUUCAAGCCUGGAGAUCGAGUGGCGGUGGAGGUGGUGUCUACAAAGACCACUGCAGAUGUGAUGUGGAAGGAUGGGCAGGUGGAGAAGGGGAUCCGAUCCAACGAUCUCAUCCCCAUCCAGCACCUCGAUGGACAUGAGUUCUGCCCUGGAGACUUCGUGGUCGAUACAAGAUCUCAAGCUUCUCAGGACCCAGGGAAGUACGGAGUGAUUCAGUCUGGAGAUCACAAAGGCAGAACGUGUGUGGUCAAGUGGAUUAAACUCAACAUGACUGGAGACGACGUAGAGGUGCUAGGGCUGGAGGAGGACGUCAGCGUGUAUGACAUCGCUGAUCACCCAGAUUUCCACUUCCGUAUCACAGACAUCGUCAUCAGAAUAUGGGACGCAGAGAACGACUGUGAGAAUGAGACAUCUGUGGGCCAAGUGUCUCGAGUGGAUGUGAGCAGCAAAGUGGAGGUUAUAUGGGCCGAUAACUCCAGGACCAUCGUUCUUCCACAGCAUCUUUUUAACGUUGAGUCUGACAUUGAGGAGUCUGAUUAUGACUCUGUGGAGGAGACGAGCAGUGUGCUGUCCACUGAGGAGUGGGAGGAUGAGAGCGACAGCUGGGAAACGGACAACGGAGUGACCACAGAAGAAGAUGGCCACAUAAACAACGCAGACGCAUCGGACACAGCCACGCCCACACCCACCAGCUCCUCCACUUUCAUCAUCCCUCCACAGGAGAGCAGCAACGCUGGGGUCAUCAGCCCUACUAAAGCGACCCCCUCAGAGGAGGCCGAGAGCUCUGCCGCUGCAGCCACUCCCGUGUCCGAAGGAGUUGAAUCUUCUUUAGGGAUCACUGCAGUGAAUGGAGCAGAGAAACCGAACAAGGACAGUGCUUCUCGGGGACUGAGGGAGCUCAAAGAGGCGCUGAAGAUUUUAGAGAGCCUGAAGAACAUGACUGUUGAGCAGCUGUUGACUGGAGGCUCCCCCACCUCCCCGACCUCCGCUGAACCCAGCUCCACCACAAACAUUUCCAGUUCAGUGACCCCUGCCGCUCCCGAGAAGCCCACAAAGGAGAAGCGCUUCCUGGAUGAUAUCAAGAAGCUGCAGGAGAACCUCAGAAAGACUCUGGACAAUGUUGCUGUUGUGGAGGAGGAGAAGAUGGAGGCGGUGGUGGAGGCGGGCAACAGCACGGCGCAGGAGGCAGAGAAGUCAGGUGACGAUAAGAGUCAGCCGGAUCCCCAGACGCCAGUGGGAGGUCCCGCGUGGUCAUGUGACUGGUCCAGUGACUUCAGCGAUACUCCGGUGCUGUGCCAACAGAGCGGGGGCAAACCGGGCGUCACCUUCACCAGUGCCAAAGGAGAGGUGUUCUCUGUGCUGGAGUGGGCCCCAGACACACAUCGAUUUAAGAAAAUGGAGUUUCAGCCUGCAGAGGCCAAGAAAUUCUUCAGCACUGUCAGAAAAGAAAUGGCUCUAUUGGCCACAUCACUGCCCGACGGGAUCAUGGUCAAAACCUUUGAGGAUCGUAUGGACCUGUUCUCAGCAUUGAUCAAAGGCCCCACAAGAACCCCCUAUGAGGACGGGCUGUUUCUGUUUGACAUCCAGCUCCCAAACAUCUACCCCGCUGUGCCCCCCCUGUUCCUCUAUCUGUCCCAGUGCAGCGGUCGCCUCAACCCCAACCUGUACAGCAACGGGAAAGUGUGUGUGAGCCUCCUGGGGACAUGGAUCGGGAAGGGAACGGAGCGAUGGACGAGCAAGUCCAGUCUGCUGCAGGUCCUCAUCUCCAUACAAGGCCUGAUCCUAGUCAAUGAGCCGUACUACAACGAGGCGGGCUUCGACAGUGACCGCGGGCUACAGGAGGGCUACGAGAACAGUCGCUGCUAUAAUGAGAUGGCUCUCAUCAAAGUGGUGCAGUCCAUGACUCAGCUGCUCCAGAAUCCUGUGGAGGUCUUCAAGCACGAGAUACAGCAGCACUUUGUGUGCAGCGGCUGGAGACUGGUGCACCGUCUGGAGCUGUGGCUGGAGCUUAACGAGUCCGCAGACAGAGGCCACCACUCCCAUCUGUGUAAAGGCUCCUCAGUGGAGCCUCUGGAGGAGCAGCUGCCUCUGGAGGAGGAGCCCCUGGCCAUUGCCCAUAGCAGUCCCUGUAAACCCGGGAAGGAGGGUGCCGAGGUGGGCUGCAUCAUGGAGGAGAAACUGGAGGAUUCGGGGCUGAGUCCGUCAACCACUGCAGCCUCACACCAGGAACUAAGCCAGAUGUCAGACUGUGAGAGCUCUCAGAGCAGUGUGAUGGCCGAGGCCAAGAGCGAGGCCAAGAGCGAGGCCAAGAGCGAGGCCAAGAGCGAGGCCAAGAGCGAGGCCAAGAGCGAGGCCAAGAGCGAGGCCAAGAGCGAGGCCAAGAGCGAGGCCAAGAGCGAGGCCAAGAGCGAGGCCAAGAGCGAGAACAAGAGCGAGAACAAGAGCGAGAACAAGAGCGAGAACAAGAGCGAGAACAAGAGCGAGAACAAGAGCGAGAACAAGAGCGAGAACAAGAGCGAGAACAAGAGCGAGAACAAGAGCGAGAACAAGAGCGAGAACAAGAGCGAGAACAAGAGCGAGAACAAGAGCGAGAACAAGAGCGAGAACAAGAGCGAGAACAAGAGCGAGAACAAGAGCGAGAACAAGAGCGAGAACAAGAGCGAGAACAAGAGCGAGAACAAGAGCGAGAACAAGAGCGAGAACAAGAGCGAGAACAAGAGCGAGAACAAGAGCGAGAACAAGAGCGAGAACAAGAGCGAGAACAAGAGCGAGAACAAGAGCGAUUCUGCGCCAGGGACACGCAGUGGGACGUCAGAGCCUGUGGCCGCCGGCUCUACAACGCAGCCCGCCAGUACCGGCUCUACAGCACAGCCUGCUGUCAGACCAAAGAAACGCAGAAAGAGCUAUCGCAGUUUCCUCCCGGAGGGUGGCGGGUUCCCGGACAUUGGCUUCCCCCUGUUCCCGCUCUCUAAGGGCUUUGUGAAGAGCAUGAGAGGGGUCUUGUUACAGUACAGAGCUGCUCUUAUCGCUGCAGGCAUCACUGAUAACACAGAGGACAAGUAAGUGCCUCCCUCGCUCCUCCUCUCUGUACUUUUCAUCCUCAGAUUCCUCAGCCUCCUCAUCCUUAGCCCUUUCAAAUCGUCCAUUAUUCGGACGUCCAGAGCAGCACUGCCCUAUGGUCCUUACCUCCAUGUUUAUCACUGCUCUUGUGUUUAGACUCCUCCCCUGCAGGGGUACAGCUGCAUUUGUCUCCAGACUGAAUGUUUUGGUGGAGAUCUGGGUCUCCGCUCUGAAACCCUGGACCUGUGUGCACUUUGGAGCAGCCUGUUGUUGCACAGAGUCUGACCUUAAACGGUCACUUUAGAAAAGCUUUUAUCAAAAUGAGCUGGACUUUGGACCAGAAGAAGACACGGACCAGUGCCAUGACGACCACACAAACCCUUUGAAUGAGCAGAAGCGAAUCAGCCUCAUUAUAACGAGGGGUCAUGUAAGUGUUGGACUAAAUGAACUGAAGGCCCCGCCCCUUUGCGCUGUGGCUGUAGCACUCCUGACUGUACCCUGGUGCACUAAAGAAGGACCUUUUUAAUUAGAGCUCACGUCGUUGGCUCUACCUCUGCGCACGUCCAUACAAGUUACUGAAUGCGUGUACCGUGGUUUUGGUGAGGAUGAGGAGGCAGUCUGGCCACAGUCACAGUUUACAUCUUAUUUGGCGUAACACUGCUCAUGCCUCUUUCAACCACCAGGGGGCGAUGGUGCAUUCGCAUUCACUCAACAUUAUUUCAACCAUUCCAUCCUGUCACAUAGACACGUUGCCUUAUUAUUAAUGAUUCUUUGUGAUGUGGGAGCAGAGUUCAUUGCUGCUCGUGUCUGAAACCACUAAAGCCAGUAUUUCACUUCCCAACAUUGCAGCCCAUGUUCCCCUCCAACACGGACUUUCAUUUUGUGUUGUUUAGGUCAGAAUAUAUGGUCAGUUUACGGCUGACCAAAGCCAGACGUUUAUUAUGAGUUGAGACAAAAAUACUGAAAAUAAAAAGGAUUUUAUUUUAAUACGAAGAGCCAGUUCCACGUUUGUUUUUGUUUGCUGGGUUAAAUUAGAGCAGUCUGUUGUUUACAUAUUUUUUACAAAGCCACGUAUGUGUUGUUUUUUGGUUUUUUUUGAAUCCUUCAAACCCUGGUUGUAUUUAUUCAGAGGUCGGGUCAGUCCCUUACAUUAUGCCUGUGCUUUUACUUGAAUUAAUGGAGAGUGUUUCUAAGUGAUGGGGAUGCACCGGUAAAGAUACUGGUGUCAAACAUUUUGCUGAAUCAGAUAUCUGCUUCCAAAUAUCAUUUCAGCCAAGUUCCUGGUUGGACAUUGUCUUAUUACAGUAAUUUCUGUGACACUUUCUGGGGCAACUACAACUAGAAAAUAUUAGAUUUUUUAUUUACACAAAGCUUUUCUGUCAGUACUUGAGAUGAAGAACAGAUACAUAACACUGUCUUUUUUAUUUUACUGUAAAUUAAAUAAAUGCUGUUUUCAGUCUCUGGUAUUGGUUGCUAUCGAGUAUCGGCCGAUACUUAAAGCUGCAGUAUCAGAAUCCAUAUCUGAAGUGUGUGUGUCCCCUGAGUGAGAGAGCACACUGUGCCAUUGUAAAGUGACGGAGAAAAUGCUUUUAAAGAAACUGAAGAUGAUGUAAGGAAACUUUUGGGAUUUUCAUGUUGUCUUCCAUAUUUGUCAUGUUUCAUCCUGUGGUUCUUUUUUAAACAUGACCUGAAGCCCCUGUGUUUAUCAGAGCUCUUCCUUUUGAGCCAUUCACAGGGGCGUAGGGUCCAGCCUCCACCUGCUGCCUAAAACCCCACCCACGGAGCCACUUAUGUCCAGAACAGCUUGAGGGAAGAGUCAGAGGUUAUAAUGAUGAUGAUUAUCAUUGUUCUAAUCACUGCUCUGGAGAAGUUUACUCAACUUGUUUUAUUUUACCAUCUGCAAAUGAGAAGCCGCCAACAAAAUGUGAAUCCAGAUUGGAGUCCCAUCAUGCACUACAGCGUGCGUGUCCUCUGACUCCUGAUGUCCUGUUGUGUGGGUGCUCAUCCCCUGACCUUCAUCACUUCAAUUUUUCUGCUAAAGUUUGUUUUCAGCCAAAGCAUGUGACCUGUUGCUUUAAGCCCCUGAGCGGGCUCCUCUCAAGACUUGACUGUACGAUGUCUACAUCUCCACAGUGGCCUGUUAUUGAUAUAAAAAGAACUAAUAAAGUUAUGAUUUGU